AGUUUACCCAUAUUUUGAUGGGUAAUGACUAGCAUGUGGUUUGAUUUGUGUUACAUUAGAUACCUGUGGUAGUUGUUGUGUAAGACUUCUAAAAUAAUUGUUUAAAUUCUUUUUUUCCCCCAUUAUUAAUCAAGUGAAUUACAGAAUGAGAUGAAAAAUUCAUAAUGAGAAUUGAUUUUUUAAAAUGCUAACCCAUGAAGGUAUAUUUUGUGAUCUGAGAUGUCUGCACUGUUAAGUGUUUCAAUAUAUCUACAGUCAGUGACAUCGUAGUCUGUCUUUCAGUCUUUCACUCGUUGUUCGUGUUAACAUCGUAACUUGAAGUGACAUAAUGAGUGCUGGGCCUCUUGUGGUGGAAAUUAUUUGUACGUGUUUGCUGGCUGCAUAUGUCCUCCAUCGCUACAGUGAUGUUAGAAAACAGAGGGUGCUGGUUACCCUGACCACAUUCAUUGCCUGGUAUUUCUCCUUCAUGAUCAUCUUCAUAUUGCCUUUGGAUGUUUCCUCUACUUUUUAUCGUCAGUGUUUAGAAGAUCAUUCCAUUGUUGUAAGCACAACACCCACAACACCUUCCAACAAUACACAAGUUCCAGAGACAUCAACAUCUUCUAAUAUCACAGAAAGGUCUUUGCAAGUUUUGCAGAAUACUUCAGUUACGAGUCCCACUCAUACAGUUCGUCCAGGUUGUUUGGUACCCACCAGCCAUGUUCCUGAUCAUGUUUUGCCAACACUUUGGCACGUUGUCUACUGGACGUCACAAGUUCUAACAUGGCUGUUUUUACCAUUAAUGCAGUCAUAUUCAAAUGCUGGAGACUUUACGAUUGCUGGGAAAAUAAAAUCUGCGUUGAUUGAGAAUGCUAUUUAUUAUGGAACAUAUUUACUUAUAUUUGGUGUCUGUCUGAUCUAUGUGGCGGCCAGACCAGAUCUUCACAUUGAUGCUGACAAGUUGAAGGUGAUUGGAGUUACAGCCAGCAAUACUUGGGGCCUGUUCGUGCUGGUUCUUAUGCUUGGAUAUGGGCUAGUGGAUGUUCCACGCAGUCUGUGGAAUAAUGCAAAACGUGGCCACCAGCUGUCAAAAACACAUUUUAAAAUUGCAAAACUGAGUACAGAGAAAACUGAAGCAGAAGAAGCUCUGGAAGAUAUUUUAGAAGAAAUUAAAAGGACUGCCGAGCGGAUACGAUAUAAUCACCCUCUUAGAAAACACAUGGAUACCAUCCUAGCUAAAUGUCCUGAGAGUAUGCGCCACUCGGUUCGAGGUAACAUGGACGACUUCGAGGAAUACGACCAGCCACAGGACACGGCCAGUGAGAAAUCCCUGGUCAAGCUGCACAAGAAGGUGAUCCGCUGUCUGCAGAUUGCCAACCGCACACAGAUACAGUGGAACAAUCUCAUACAGAAGGCUCAAAACCUGGAAGAUGUUGAAGCCAAUGACAACAACCCCAACAAACAUUUCCAUCGGAGUUACGGUUCCUACUCGGGAGUUUUCAGAGCCAUUUACACCCCAACAGUUGAGUGGUAUUGGAAAUGUCGGAUUCGCGCUUGGGUGAUGAUGAUCGCUUCCAUCGUUCUGAUGAUUUUUUCCUUCAUGGUUGUCUGGUCUGAAUGUCUGUUCUUUGUAAAGAAACCUGUCCUGUCCCUGUUUGCUGUCUUCAUUGACAUUGCCAAGCAACACUAUGAUUAUGUGUACAUAGAGUUUGCCUCUAUCUUGACCAUUGCCUAUCUGUGUUUCUGUGCCUACUACAGCGUGUUUCAGAUUCGCAUCUUCAACUACUACUACAUAGCUUCUCAUCACCAGACGGACGAAUACAGCCUCAUUUUCACUGGAAUGAUGUUAUGCCGAUUGACUCCGCCCAUGUGCUUGAAUUUCCUUGGAUUGAUUCACCUUGACAGCCAUGUGACGUCUGUAAACAAUCAAGUGGAGACAUCUUAUACUCAGAUCAUGGGACACAUGGACGUGAUAUCUUUUAUUGCUAACGGUUUCAACAUCUACUUCCCAAUCUUGAUAGUCCUGCUGUGUUUCUGCACCUACUUCAGUCUGGGCAGCCGGUGUCUGAGUUUCCUCGGAUUCCAGCAGUUUAUUGGGGAUGAUGACAUGACCCAGGAACUUAUGGACGAAGGGGCUGAGUUAGUCAGAAGAGAAAAGCGUAGACAAGAACGCAAGGCUGAUGGAGAGGCUCGCAGAAAGCAGUGGACUGAGCGGUUUGGUGAUGGAUCCUCAUCCUCUACUGCAGUCGCCAGAGACAUUCCACGCAAUUCAGAAAUCAGAGGUAAAUACAUGGUUCCGAGAAGCCCUGAUGAAAACGACCGUACCGAGCUGCUGCGACAAGCUGAGCCUGUCGAUUACACAGAAGACCGGUCAGACCUGCCCGGAUACCAGUCUAGACCCCAGUCUUCACGAUUCACAUCGUCUCGGUCGGCCACCAGGCCACCUAAGGGAAUAUUUGACGAUAUAUGAAAACUGGCUUAAUCCACCUCAGUUAAAUCCACAUAUUUUAUACGCUCUGUUAUUGCUGCAUUUUUUGUUAUUGUUUAUUAUUAAUUAAUAUAUUUCUUUAUCAGGUGUACUUUUUAUUUGAAGAAAGUAUUUUUUGUGUAUCUAUAGAUUUAUUUCAUUUGUUGGUUACUGUAGUAUGCUUUAUGUGGAUUAAUGUGAUAACAGUUGUUUAGUUUGUAUCCAUAUAUACUCUUACAUUCAUGUCUCUUAUUUCAUCAUCCUGUUUGUUUUAGGAUUGCAGAUUUUCAUUUUAUCCGGUUUAAAUAAAUUACAGUGUGAUUUUCAAUUUAUAACUUUCACCUUUAGUGAAUUAAACACACACACACGGAUUGGUUUGAACAUCUCAAAAACCCUAAUCUCCCACGGAGUCGAGGGCACUUUUGGUCAUGUGACUUCUCCUCCCUUUAUAUAUUGAUAAUCAUAUUGUCUAAUUUAUGGAUGUCAGUUUUAAAAGCUACAUGAGGUUGUGAGAAAUUUUAACAUUUUCCACAUAUAAAUAUAAGAUGGAUUCAGAUACUGAAAAUGAAUACCAUUCAUUUCAUGAAUGUUAAUAGCAUUCUACUAUCAAAAACUACAUGUUUAUGAAGAAGAAAAUAGUUUUAAAAUGUAUUGUAUUUUGAGAGUUGGUCUUUCAAAUCCUUCAUUUUUAUGUUUAUUAUUUUCUAGUCAUAGUUUAUUGGGGCAUUAAUAGGGCAGGAAUGUUUUAAAAUAUGUAUUUAACUAGCUGGUUGUGUUAUUGUAAAUCUUUUUAAAUCUGAAGUUUUCAUUUUGAACACUCUUGGAUUUGGUUCACUAUUUGUGCCAUUCAUGAUUGAUCUCUGAUGAUUCCUCCAGUUUUGUUUGGGCUCCAUGCAGAAUCAGUGAAUCAUAACUUUCCCAUACAAAUUACAAGUGAUUGAAAGUAAAGUUCAGGCACCAUGCAGGUAAAACGUUUAGGGCAAAAUGUACAAAGCCUGUUUAUGUCUUACACACAUGUAACUACAUACAUUUACAAUUCUUAAACACCUGCGUUCUAGAAAAACAGACUUCGUAAGUCUAGCCUCAAGACUGUUAAUAAAGUUUGAGACUUUAAUGCCAUGGCAACACCAUACAAAUUGUAGGUAUAAUAUCCGCCCGCACCCCCCCCCCCCCCCCCCCCAAACAAUAUUUAUUAGAAUUAGUGUAAGUUUAGGGUUAGGGUUAGGGUUAGUUAUAUACAAUACCUUUUUAAACAUUUUGUUCUAUAAAAGCAACAUAAUAUUUAUAUUUCGUAAUCCAGUAUCACUACGUUUUGCCGUUGAAAAAUUAGACAUUUUUACUAUUCUUUGUAAAAUUUCCUCCAAUACGGUGCUUUUAUUGGUGCUUUUGGUAGAAAUAUAGCACAGAAGACACAAUGAGGCAUUAUGGGACUAAAGGUUCGUUUUAUUCCGUAAACACUCGGUUCAUUCGUCAAAAUACACGCUAUGAGAUUUAAAACUAUUAAAAUGCAGUCUCACUUGUUGAUCCACUGCAUGGCCGAGUGGAUACAGUGCUCGGCUACAGUCCCGAUGGUCUGGAGUUCGAAUCCAUACCCUAGCACUUGAUAUCACUAAUUCAAUACCCCAAAUGGGGGGGUGCGGGCAGAAAUCUUUCCGACUUACACGCAUGUAACUACAUACAUUUACAAUGCUUGAACACCUACGUUUAAGAAAAACAGGCUUCGUAAAUUCGGCCCUUAAAGUUUUAUAAGCACAGGUCCAGAUAUGCAUUUUAUAGUGACAAACUUUUUCAUGCAUCUCAAUGGGACAGUUAACUAUUAACAUACACGAAUCCAGGCACGUCCAUCCAUAAUAAUCAGAAACUCCUGCCUAGAACACGAUCAUCUUUAGUACACUGAAUAUGUCUAUUCAAAGUGAUCAGAACUCCUUCCUCCUAGAACACAAUCGUACAUCAAUACACUGAAUAUGUCUGUUCAAAGUGAUCAGAACUCCUUCCUCCUAGAACACAAUCGUACAUCAAUACACUGAAUAUGUCUGUUCAAAGUGAUCAGAACUCCUUCCUCCUAGAACACAAUCGUACAUCAAUACACUGAAUAUGUCUGUUCAAAGUGAUCAGAACUCCUUCCUCCUAGAACCCCCCCCCCCCUAGAACC